AUGACCAAGGCCCCGUCCACCUCUCCUAAUUCCAAGCGAGAGAACACUGCGACGCCACCCACUGCCCGCCCGCCACUGCAGAGACUGGCCGCCAGCGACGCGAAACCAUACCAGUCGCAAACCUCGCUACCCUCGCCCCGGACCCGGCCUACGAGCGAACGCAGCGAUGUUGGAGUCGUCAAUACCGAAAUGAGUGAGGCAGAGAGCCAGCCGGGCGACGAGAAAAAGGAGGGUGGUGUAGGAGAGCAGGGCGGAGACGAUGCGCCACUGAGCGAGGCUUCGCCAGACGAGAUGGAAGUGGAGAGACUGCGCGGCCUGCAGUUGAAGAUGCUGCAGCAACAGCAACGUGCGCGUCUGCGGAGCUCCUCGAACAAUGCCUCUGCUACGGCCCUGGGGUCUCGUCGCAUAUCGCCCAUCAAGGAAGAACCCAUGCCGGGCAUCUCGCCAACCCUUGAGGGAGCCUUCAGCAGUCCCACACCAAGCCCAAACCCGCUACCCACAGGCCUUACCACAUCAACCGAAUCCACAGAGUCCGCAAGAACCAUUCGUGGUAGCAUGCCACCUACGCCCGCCACCCAUGCCGUCCGAACCCCAUCGUACCCUUUCCCUUCUGUCCCAAACACACCGAGAUGGGCUUCGGCAUUUCACAUGCCCUUCACCAGUUUAUCGCCCACAGUAGCUGCGGGACAAUCGCGAGAAUAUGCAGCCCCGCAAGAGCGCAUCGCCUCUGAGAGCAGCACCCCCGCCGCAUCGAGCACACCGUUUGCCCCGGGAGGGAGAUAUUACCAAAGCCUGGACGCCGAGGAUCCGCGAUUUCCGAGUCCUAAUCUUUACGAAGUCGUAUUGCGCCUGGGUGCCGAGCCCGGUCUUCCUGCUUGGUGGACCGCUGUGACUUCCAUCAUGCGCGAUCAUUACGGAGCAGAAAGAGCGACCUUGGCAGUGCCAGCGGACGCAUCAGAUAUUGAGAAUGUGCCAUGGGGACAGAAGACCAGUUUCACUGCCACGGCCAACGACGGAAGUCCCCACGCAGCUACUUAUCAGGAAGCAACAGGCUCACAGAGUCACUUUCCAUCUGAAGAGGAGUCGGGCUCGCGUGAAAAUGAACAUGCAGACAUACCACCUGCCGCCAUGAUUCCAGAACGCAGACCGAAGCUAUUUUCGCAUCAUUCCUUCGCAGGCCACGAACGCCAGAAGUCGAACACGUCGCCAGAUACCCUAACACCGGCGCCGCUUAACCGGCCAAGAGGCCCAAUGAGGGCGGCGAGCCAUGCACCCAACAUGUCGGCAAGACCAGAGCAUCCAUUAAGACAGGUUUCCCAAGCUUCCUUUGACGGCGCCUCUGCUACAUUUGCUGGAUCGACUCCAACAGGUGGUCCUACUUUCAGUGACCCAGAGUUCUCUAGUGUGGGAGAACCUUCAUCGCCCAAUGCAGUGUAUCACGUACUUCGAGCUCUUGAUCAUGAACCAGAUGCCCUCAUCGACAACACAGGCGUCAAUCGCGUUUUAGAAAGAGGGCGUUUAGUAACUCUGACCAGAGACUACUCGAGUUCCCAUGCAACAUCCAAAGAAGAUCUGAACAAGGACAAGCUGGAACAACCCAAGCCUUCCGCAAUACAGGGCAGUGCUGCUGCGCAAGAAGCCCAAAAAACUGCUGCUGCUCGUGGCCGUGCUAAUCUAGCAACCAAUGAUCCCCGUUUGCCGCAACGUUAUGAGGAGUACGAGCAGUACCCGAGCUCACCAUGGGCACAGUCACCCGCCCCGUCACCAGCUAUCCAGAAUGAUGCUGAUGCUAACCCCUUCUUCAGCACGGGAAACGUCGACGAGGAGACUUUCAAUCCAUCGCGCUCGCCGCAAGAUUACACACAGUAUGGUAUGGUCGAGGCCAUUGGUGUUGACAAAGCUAGCACCGUCACACACAUACCGCUGGUACAUCCCAUCCUAUCGCAAGCAAUGGCGUCGCCGGCUACUUCUACGCCAUUACAAACGCCGGCUAUGACACGACGGCAAUCUGAACAAUCCAUAUCGACAUCGCUGAAUAAAGAAGGUUUUGUUCGAAAAGCUCCCAUUGCGAUCCUUUCGAUACUGUCGCCUAUCGUGCCAUAUCCACGUAACCUCACCAACUCACUGAAGCAUCUUGGUCCCCACCUGGCUACGUCAUUUUCUAACGCUUGGCAUUUCACAAACGCUCAGGCUCAGGUCGCAUCGGUCCGACAACGGCGUAUGACAGCCGGCACUUCAGGAGGUAUUAGCCUGCCAUCAGAUUCGGACAGUCUUGAUGAUUUGCUGCACCUUGACCUCGAGGAUAUCACAAACUCGGCAGCAGGUAGCGUUACUAGCCCUUCCGACUACUCUGGUCGAUCCAAGCAUAGUCCUGGUGGCUCCAUCGCCGGAACUCCAGGUUGGGAUACUUCUUCAGUCGGGUUUUCGAGUAAACAUUCCAUCGGUGGCACGCCUGGCCAUCUCGCAGGUAGUGAAGCGGUUGAAAGUUACUUUGAUGCUAGGAAACAAUACGGCAAGACACUGAACCCGCCGACGUCGACUCCACACGACCAAGCAGCACGGAAAACCGACAAACGUUCUGCAAAACGAGUGACUGUGAAUCCUGUUGCAGAACAGGUCAACGAGGAUGUUACCAAGGGCCUGAACGAGAAGACAGACGAGUCAUUGAGCAAGCGUCGCGCUCAACUGCAAAGCGCCUCAAACCGUGGACACUCAUUCCUGCACUCAUACGGUGCGGACUUUAGCUCGUCAUUCCAAUCCUUGCCAGCAGCGACAACACCAGGUGGAAGGCCCCAAGGUCAGCAUGGACACGUGAGAAGACCGUCCAUCACUGAAACGUCCGAUAUGCCACCUCCCUCCGAGAGCCUACUCAGAACCAUCACCGACUCAUUACCGGUUCAGAUCUUCACCGCCGCCCCAAAUACUGGGGCCAUCACUUGGGUGAACUCCAAAUUCCUCAUAUACCGAGGCCAAGAUCAACGCCAGGUAUUGCAAGACCCAUGGGAUUCAAUCCACCCAGAGGAUCGCGACUCCUACCUAGAAGAGUGGAGCAGAUCUCUACGCACUGGGCAACAAUUGCAGAAGAAAGUGAGACUGCAAAGGUUUGACCACUGCUAUCGAUGGUUCUACGUCCGUGUGGCCCCACUUAAGAACAAACGUCAACAGAUUGUUCAUUGGAUUGGGACCAACAUGGAUUUCCAUGAACAACAUACUGCUGAGCUAAAUUCGGCCCGGCAACAGGAGACUGCUGCUUCAGAGGCCAAAUACCGCGCGCUAGCGAAUUCAAGUCCGCAGAUCGUAUUUGUCGUUUCAGAUCGGAGGGGCCUGACGCUCUGCAACUCCCAGUGGAUUUCUUUUUCUGGCCAGAGCGAAGUCCAGGCCUUGGGCAACGGCUUUUUAGAGCACGUGCACCCCGAUGAUGUCAUCAAGUGUAAGCUUCCACAGUUGGAUGAAGACGGAGUUGCCAAUGUCCCUACUUCGAUGCCAGCAGACCAUGGGCGAACCGACUCCAACUCGUCCGAUGCUUCGUCGGAGACGGAGAGAACAAUCACCAGCCCUGGUGGAUCGACGACGACUGAUCGCAUGGACAUGCCUCAGGCCAAGUUGUCGAAAUUAGCGAGCACCGGUAUAUUGAGAGUUGCCAAGGACGCGCACGGGAGAGCAUCUUACUCUACCGAAGUCAGACUGCGUAACAAAGAUGGCGAAUACAGGUGGCAUCUGGUCAGAAUCCUGUUGGAGAAGUCGCUCUCUGAAGACGGUGAUGAAGAGACUUGGUAUGGUACAGCUACAGACAUCAACGACCACAAGCUGCUCGAACAAACAUUGAAGGAAACUAUGGACGCGAAAUCCAAGUUCUUGAGUAACAUGUCUCACGAGAUCCGAACGCCCCUGAAUGGUAUCUCCGGCAUGGUCAACUUCUUGCUCGAUAGCACGCUCAACUCCGAACAGUUAGAGCAUGUCAACAUCAUCAAAGCCAGUACUGACAGUCUGCUGAAUCUCAUCAACGACAUCCUUGAUCUGUCAAAGGUCGAAGCCGGCAUGAUCAAGCUGUCCAUGGAAUGGCUUCAUCUGCCGUCGCUCCUGGAGGAAGUCAACGACUUGAACAUGGGCUUGGCCAUACAGAAAGGCCUUGAACUCAACUACCUUGUGGAUGAAGGAGUACCAGCAGAAGUCAAGGGUGACAAAUUCCGCAUUCGACAAGUUCUUCUCAAUGUGGUUGGCAAUGCAAUCAAAUUCACCGAGCAAGGAGAGAUCUUCAUUCGAUGCAAACUGCAACCACCUGAUCGUUCUCGCCCUCUACGUGACAACGAGACCAUGAUCCGGUUCGAAGUUGUAGACACUGGUCAAGGCUUCACUGACGCUGAGGCUAAAUACCUUUUCAAACGAUUCAGUCAGAUCGAUGCUAGCAGUACGAGGCAACAUGGCGGAACAGGCCUCGGCUUGGCUAUAUCAAUGCAAUUCGUCGAACUGCAUGGAGGUAGAAUGGAUGCUCGAAGUGCGCCAGGCAAAGGCUCAACGUUCUUCUUCACGAUCAAAUUUGGACUCCCAACUGCCGACGACUACCCCAAGCCCCAGGUGUCAACCCCAGGAACGCCAGCUUUCGAGACUCCGCUUUCGAUGCCACCGGUACUUUCGCUACCACCCCAGCCCUCGGCUCUCCAGAAAUUCGUUCAGUCGCAGAAUCCAGGGCAUGCACAGAUCAAGCGCGUAUCAAGCGUGUCGUCCGAGAAGAGCGAACCUGCCAAAUCCCCGGCGUUCAGCCUGUCAGCUUCUGAACGUUCACGUGAAUCCCCAUCUCUCUCGUCCGGAAGCUCGGACCAUUCUUUGACAAGCGCCGCACUUACGGGGCAGUCGAGCCUACGUUCGGAAAGGUCGUCUGUGUCUUCUUACUUGCAGGAAACUAGCCCCGCUCCAGACCCGGAUAUCAAACUAGCUCUGCCUCCCAAGCGAUCCGACAGCGACCCGCAGGCUCCCAAGCCCGACUCUUCAACGUCUGUUGGGUCGGACCAGACUCUCCGCGCAUCCUCACCACAUCGUAGUCUUUCGCCACUUGGCAGCGCUCUACAGCCUCCCAUGUACUCUAUAUUGGUGGUUUGCCCAUUGGAACAUAGCAGGGAAGCCACAAUUCGACACAUCAAGAAUACACUUCCUCAAGGAAUACCCCACCAAGUGACAGGCCAGGCUAGCGUCAUUGAGGCGCAGAAGAUGAUGGGUGGUGACAAUCCGGUGCUGUUUACCCAUGUCGUCCUUGUGUUGCACGACACUGCCGAGGUGCAUGCCAUCGUGGAUCAGAUCUUCAGCUCCAUGGCGUAUGGUAACACGUCAGUUGUCGUAGUCUCGGAUCCGUCACAGAAGAAGGAGCUCAUCAAAGAAGCACCAGUAUAUGAUUAUGAGCAGCUUCAUCUUGAUCGACGCCUGCAGUUCAUCUACCGGCCGCUCAAGCCAUCAAAGUUUGCCAUUAUAUUCGACCCACAGAAGGAGCGUGAGUCCAGUACGGAUCGCAACCAAGACAGCGCGCAGCAGGUGGUGGUUAGCCAAAAGCUCGUCUUUGAAGAACUCAAGCGUCGUGUGGGUGGUAAGAACCACAAGGUCUUGCUGGUUGAAGACAACAAGAUCAACCAAACGGUGAUUUUAAAGUUCCUCGCCAGAAUCGCGAUCGAAACAGAAACAGUUCAGGAUGGUGUUCAAGCUACUGAAACUAUCUUUUCUAAGCCACCCGGCUACUACUCUAUCGUUCUUUGCGAUCUACAUAUGCCCAAUAAAGAUGGGUACCAGGCUUGCAAAGAGAUACGGCGAUGGGAAAAGAAGCAUAGCUACCGUCGGCACCCUAUCAUCGCACUCUCUGCCAACGUUCUUGGUGAUGUAUACGCAAAGUGCGUAGAAGCGGGCUUCAACUCGUAUGUCACAAAACCUGUCGAGUUCAAGGAGCUUUCUCUUGCCAUGACCAAGUUCCUGGAUCCGGUCGAUCCUUCAAAACAGCCUGCCCUCAUGAAGAAGAAGUGA